CAGGAAGUGCAGCACUGAAGGUCAACUCCUCGUUGACUAGGCCAGUAAGUUCUGUGUUUGUCAUCUUUUUUUGCAAAAUAAGCUUCGUCACUGAAUUCUUUUAUUUGGAAGGCUGUUUGUACAGAGUACAGUUAUGGCUUCGAUUGGAUGGAUGGAAGCAAAGUUGUUGUGAACUAGCUAGUAUAGGCUGGAUCUGAUCUUGUUACUUACCUUACAAUCUACUUGUAGAUUAUUUCUAGUGUUUACUGCUCUUUAGAAUGCGAAGUGGACCUAAGCGUAUCUCACUUAACAUGCAUAAAAUCUUCUCAUUUUAAGUUAGAUUUUGGAGAUUAAGUUAAGCAUAUAUUAAUUUCAAAGCGUGGUAUCUGUCUGAUGGAUAUUAGACCUAGCUAAAACACUGCCAGUUCGCCUACUGCCAAUUCAAGCUGGUAAAGAUGUCAGGCAAUUCAACUUAAGCCAGAAAAAUCAACAUUAUUAGGGAAGAGAACCAGUGGAAGAACAAAAAGCUCAAGUUUUGUCUUAUCAGAAACUCAUAAGGGGUUGAAAAGUGUAACUGUCAUUGCCUACUCCCUGUAUGUACAGUGUUUUUCAGUCUGUCUCGGUCAAUUCACUUUGGUGACCUAUCUGAGGGGAAGGUGCAGGAAAUGCCUAUGGACAAAAACAGAAUGCGCAUGCAUGCGUGCCUUGCUUUUUGAAAUUUAAGAUGUUGUAAAUAGCAGGAAAUUAUGGUUUUUAGAAAAUACCCCUGUGGAUAUUUUCGAGAUCAACUUCUGAUGACCAGCUUUGAAAAGUCAUCAGAAUGUUGUUCAAAGUCCUGUGAAGAUUGAUUUCUGCUCCUUCAAUAUCUCAUCAUUCCAACUGAACUAUCGGGGUUUGUAGCUCUUAACCCAUUUGAAUGACCACGUGAAUUUUCAAAGUAAAACAGAAGCUUCUAAGUAAAAACAAUACUUUAGUGACCCUCUGUGUAGUAAACGUAGAGUGCAAAUCUUGAAUACCGUAUUUAUUGGACUAUAAGCCGAGCGAUUUUUUCAGAAAUUUGGACUUGUAUCAACCAAAAACAUUCCCAACAAAGGGGUUCGGCUCAUAGCCGAGAGUUUGAUCAAUUUUUUUCCUCUCUCAGGAGUUGAGAACUUAUGGAAAUGUCAUGCAAAUUCUGUGAUCGGCUUGUAGCCAAGUCAAAAUCCGUGAAACACAAUAAAUUAUAAUAUUAUUAAAGACAAGAUGAAAUUGUUGGUCAAUGCACUUUUAUAGAUGUGGUGGCUCCGGUUUUCCAACCUCACCUGGAGAAUUUUUAUGAAGGUAUUGGAGGGGUUACAAACAUGACAUGCAUGUUUUUAUUAAAUCAUGCUAUCAUCACUUAGAUAAGACUGCCAACAAACAAAAAAAUUGUUAAAAUUCAGUUUGAAUGAUUAUUUUGGUUUUUACCUUACAGUCAAACUGGCAAAACCAUGAGCACUUGAAAUAAUUAUUUCAAUAAAGUUUAUCGUAUUACGUCCAAUCACAGCAAAGAUCGGGACACGCAAACUACCGGUAGCUACAAAACCACAAACUUAUCAACGUUCUUGCUUGUGGUUUACUUUCUCAUGCCUGAUUGGCUUUUUUUUGGCAUCAUAUUAACAUUCCAUAAAUAUUUCUGGUGUUAAUGGUUUUCCAAGUUUGACUGUAAAAUGACAAAAUAAUACAAUACUUUAUUAAACAUUCUUGUGGCUCCCUUGAUUUCAAACCAAAAUGGGCAAAAUCUAUACCCUUUGGGACUUAUAUGGCUCAUAUAUGGGAGUACCUUCCCCCCCCAUCCCCCAGAGAAUGGUUUACAUUACAACUAUUUAAUAAGUUAUUCCAUAAAAAAGAGGGUCUUCAGAGUCUUUCGAUUACCAGUACAGUUGCAUCUACCUUACCUUUAAAAUAAACGUAGGUAGAGAUUAGUAGUUUUAUUGCUAUCCUAACCCUUGCACAUCUCACCUCUAUGAAAUUUUCUUGUUUUUAGGUAUUUGAAUUUCAUGGCAUGGUACAUGUAAUUUUGUGAUUGAUAUUAGACCAUGCUGAAGUUGACUGGCAAGUCACUAUCAGUUUGCCUGGUGCCAAUUUGAUCAGCUUAAGUUGUUUUGCCUGCAGAUACGACCUAAGAAACGGGGCAGAAAACCAGCAAAAAGAACUAAAUCUAAAUAAAUCAUCUAUAUUAAGUACUUACAAAAUACCUGAAAUGUUUUCAAACCCCCAGAUGCUGUCAGUUGUUCCAAGAGGGUGUCAUUUUGUUGCAUGAUAUUACAUUUGGCAGCCAGCAAACCAACAGUGAACAGGCCAUUUCUGAGUUGCCUCGAGGCUCUGUUUCAAAGUGAGGCUAAGUGCGAGGCCAUUGAUAUGAAAAUGAUUUUUCAUUCUCAUGCAAAUAAAACUUAUUUUCAUCACAAGGGUUUUGCAGUUAGCCUGGUUUUGAAAGUAAGAGUUUUUAGAGCUUGCAAAUGACCUAAUAACGAGCAAAUUCAGCUUGUUUAUUAUGCUACAUUAUUUUCAUUGUGAGCAGAAAUCACAGUAUUACAUGUAUAAACUAUUUUCUCGGGCUCCCAUGAGAAGAAGUCUUUGGUGUUAAAAAUAUUACAGAUAACUUAAUUAUGUCUAUAGCCCUUGAAAAACAAAUGUCAAAGAGGCUGCGAUAUUGGUUAAAUUAUUCUGGUACAAGAUUUUUGUCCACUGAAAAUUGAAAUUACUCAAUUUCCUGAUGGAUUUUGUCUUGAAUCUUCUUCAGUUUCUAGGAUUACUGGUCACAGCAACUAGAGGGCUUGCAAGUCAAGUGAAGGAAGCAGAAUUUGAGUUAUCAGUAAGUCAUGAAACAACUGAUAAUGAACCUCUACACGAUAAAACCCCCGCAUAUUGAACAAAAUUCUUUGCCAAGUUGCGAUAUAUUGGCUUUCAUACAUGGAGCAAGAUGCUGAGAUAAUGUUAUUUUUUGUUCUUGUAUGAGCACGUCGUUAUAUAUAGUAGAGUUCCACCACAUUUGACAUGGUGCUCAUGUGUAUUGUUUAACCUUCCACCCAUCCUGAAUGGAUGAGUGACAAGGGAUUUCAUCUUGGAGUUUGCAUAUCAUAUUCCAGCUUACAUCAUGAUCAGUGGCUUCUACUGUAACCAAAUGCUUCGACUGUAUCUGCAUAGUCUCUUAGUACGAGACUAAUGUCCAUAGUUAAACAUUCAUGAGAGUCUCCUGUACUGGUAAUGAAGUCAGUCUUACAAAGCCAAAUGGUUUCCCCAUUUUUCUAGGUAAUGUUUUUCAAUGGUUUCUGAAUGUGAGAAUUUUAUUUGUACCAACUCUUUUCACAAAGCUUGUGGGUGUCAUCUUUUUUUGGUUUAUGCUUUUUUUCUAGAUGUGCGUGAAUAACAAAUAAUAUUGUUAUUAUUGCAUAUAAUAGUAAUAAUAAUAUUAUUACUAUUAUUAUAAUAGUAUAAUAGUGUGUAUAAUGAUAAUGUAAUAUUACUGUCUUUCAAGGAUUGCCCAAUACAUAGAUUGGACAGUGGUCCACCUAAGAAGGCUGUAUUGACUAGAGAAGAUGGCCUUACAUACUACAGACAAAUGCAGAUCAUUCGGAGAAUGGAAACGGCUGCAAGCAACCUGUACAAAUCCAAGGUUAUCAGAGGCUUCUGUCAUCUUUACUCAGGACAGGUAAGAUAUUCAUUCAAAAUAUUUGCCCUUUUCUAUUGGCUUCAAUCCGCUGGCUAAUUCUUCAUAACCAACUGGUGCUUACCUUAUUUGGAAGAUGCGAGCAAUAUACCAUCGAUUCAAUGGUCUAAAUUAGCCGAGUUGGCUAUAAUCAUGUCAUAUCCAACAAGCGCGAGUGGAAUAAUAUUGAAAACGCCCACAAUAUUGAGAAUUCUUCCCGACUUUAUUUGUAAAAGAACAGAUUUUCAGCUUGUUUUAAAUUUUGAGCAGACACGUACAGUUACCUUAUUUGGAGAGCAUGGUAUAAUGGCUUAUAUACCAUGAUGGCUAAGCCAAUCAGAGCUCUAGAAUUGCAUUAUCCAAUGAUUCAGUUUUUAAUAGAAUAUAAUACAUUAUAAUGCCUUCACUUUUGCAGAUCACAAGGUGACGAAAGCCCAUUCACCAUUUUCACUUAGACCAUAAUGCAACUUCAUGUUUACCUCCCAAUAUUAUUGCAUAACCAUUGUCUUUGAUUUCCCUUGGUACAACUCUAACACCCAAUAGAAAUUGGAAACAAUGGUGACUUGUAGGCUAGAUAUAGUUAAAAACUCUCCUUGCUGCCACUUUCGUAAGCAAUCAUGACCACUUUGGUACAUUUCCAUCUGCAGGGUAAAAUACGUUUACAAGUACAUUUACAACAAUUUCAGUUGAAUGUCAGAGAAGCUUGUACUUAGGAAAUGUGGUGAUGAAAAAUGUUCCUUACAGACUGUAUUAAUUUUGUGUCUAAAUGUCGGAAGAUGCCACUCAGUGUCCACUAUAACGAGACUGAGAAUCUCUUCAGUAAUAUCAAGAGUCCUUAAUAACAGGAGUUUGUUUCUGUUCAAAAUUUGGAAGUUUUGGGGAUUUAGCUCCUGUACAUGUAUUAUUGGUGUCCAUAAUAGUGAGGUGUCCACAAGGCAAGUGUUAUGUUGACAAAAGUGUUGCUACAAUUUUCUUUCAGGAAGCAUGUUGUAUUGGAAUGGAAGCUGCCAUUGACAAGGAUGAUAGUAUUAUUACCGCAUAUCGCUGUCAUGGCUGGACGUAUAUGAGAGGCGUGUCAGUUGCUGAGAUACUGUGUGAACUUGCCGGUAAGCACAACUUUUUAUUCCUUCCUUUUUUGCAUAGCUGCACUUGAACAGACUUUUUAAGCCAAUUUGGAUUGUGCCAGGUAUUGUAUAUGAGGCAUUUGGUUGGAGCAUUACCUGUGCAGUAGCUGUUUGUGGGUCAAAUUUAUAAGAUUUGAGGUGGUGGGAUAACAACCGGCUACAUAUUAUACCCAAAUCUUCUGAACAGACUGAAAAGAAUUAAAAAAUUGCAUUCCCUCAAAUCUGAACCUUCCCAAACGAAAUGGUGCAAACCAUUUGAUUUUCCAAUUUGUGGAAUUUCCGGUUUUCCCAUAUAAACAUGGUAAAUACCCAAAAUAUUAAAUUUGGGGGAGGGGGGGUGGGUGGUUAACAAGUGCCUGGUAAGCCAUGUUUGGGAGCAUGACAAAAAGCUUGCAUAUGGUUUGCCUUUUUAGGAAACUCUCAAAGGGCAGUAGAAACAAGGCAACAUUUUGACUAGGCGAUGUAAACUAUAGGCAAAAGCUCUACAAACUCCUUAGCUCCUCAGCCAAAACAGCAAAUGAAUUAUGACCUGUUAAAAGGUUGAAGGUUUAAGUUUUAUAGUGGAAAGAGCACUGUCUCACUUUUAGUAGCUUUAUACAAUGUACUUGAAUUCACCUAGUUUACAGGCACUCCACUCAAGUAGUUAGAAACAAGUAUUUCAAAUGUAACAUAACAGGAUCAAAACCCGCAACUGGCGGGAGGCAACCAGUUGGCUAUUUACAAGCAAGGCUAAGGAUUUGCCACGCUGCCUCCAUGAUAUACAGUGUAAGCCCAUUUGACAAAAAGACCACUAGACAUUUUGACAGGAAGGGUUAUUAAGGCUGUAUUUAAAACUGCAAUGGCACCUUUCUGCUAUGAUUUAACCCUUUAAGCCCCAAUAUCCACAAACAAAUUCUUCAAACUCAUCUCUAUACAUUUCCAUACAGAAUUAGUUGGGAGAAAUUGAUAAAAGAUCAGAGCUUUCUCUCUUUGUGAUCAUUUGAUUAACUCUCAUAGAUGUUGCACUUGACAAUCUAUGGAUAUUGUUAGGAGAAAAUUGAUGUUGGUCACUUUUAGGACUUAAAGGGUUAACCCAAAUUGAAAUGCAGUAGCAAAGAAUCAUGAAUUGAACUAAAUACAUGGCUUUAUUGCAAAUAUGCCACUAGACAACUAAACCACCUUGCCAACAGCUAAAAAAGGUAAUGAAAUGAACUUAAAAUCUGUGUUUAAAGAUUCUAGGGUAAGCAUUUACUUUUCAGAGAAGAGGUUAUGUUCUUAGCCACACCUUCUUAUUACUCAGUACCAUCUGUGCUAAAGGUACAUCAUAUGGAUUAAGACCACAGCUAUAAUAAUUAUUGUUGGUUGUAAUAAAAUGGCAUGUGUCUUUCACCUUCAGUUGAUUUUACUUGGAAUUCAGUAAUAAUUAUUAUUGUUUGCUUUAAGGUCGCAAAACUGGCUGUUCCAAGGGCAAGGGUGGCUCUAUGCAUAUGUAUGGUCAUGAAUAUUAUGGUGGAAAUGGCAUAGUUGGAGCUCAGGUGAGUAUAAAUACAUGUAUAUAAUUAACUGUUCAUUGGGGAGCAUCCCACGCAUGGAGCCUAGUGCGCUUUUAGAUGCUUCCCUCUCCUCCUACACUAAUUUUUUCAGUGUAUAUGUUUAUACUUUUACUUACUGUAUUGGAGAAAACUGUAAUAAAUUUCUGUUUUUUAAUGGUAUUUUCUUUUAGAGGAGCUACUCCUUGUUGUUCACUUACAGUAGCUAUCCUAUUGACUUGUUCAUGAAUGUAGUUCCAACAACAUUGAGUUGCCAUUUUUACAGUCUUAGGUUUCUGUUUCAUCCAGACAAAAUAAUUACAAGAGAAACCUUAAAGCAAGUGACACAACCCAUGACACGGCCAGUACAUGUACCUUAUGCAAGCGCACAGCAAAGCAUAAAGUACAGGACGUAGGCUAUGCUAUCACUUGGUGUGAGUGUGUGACUUGCUUUAAGGUUUCUCAUUUCAAAUUGUAUUUCGAAAUAUGGUUUAAAGUUCCCAUGAUAAUGGUUAUUUUUGAAACACUUUAAAGGUUCCUCUGGGAGCUGGAAUUGCCCUUGCUCACAAAUACAGAGGGAAUGGUAAAAUUUGCAUUGCUCUUUAUGGAGAUGGUGCUGCAAAUCAAGGCCAGGUAAAGAUACUUUAUAGACAAUUUGAAUUUAUUCAUUUUAGUUUUUAAAAAUUGUAACCUCUUGGAAGCAAACAGGGUUUUAAUAGAAGGAGUCUACUACUGUCUUAUAAACUCUACUUCUGGAUGAUAUUGGGGACUUGAAUUUGGGACUUUUGGAUUGCAAGUCAGAUGUGCCAACAAGCUUCACAGCCUCCCACUUGCCUGGCCAGCAUUCAAAUAAUCACAUCUUAAAUAUGGGGCUGUACUUGUGGUGUCCCUCAUCAAUAACUAAGUCAUGUAAAUGAUGUGCAGCAAAAUCCCUUCUUCACUCGCCUUCCUUAGUAGACACUCUUAAAAAUUUUAAGCAAAAAAUGAAUAGUGAAAAUGUGGCUGCCACAGUUACUGAAUGUAAUGAGUAUUUUUAUGUUCUUAAAUUACACCAGCCCAUAACAAAAGUGCAUGUAUUUUCUAGUUUCAUUUAUAAGGUAUACAGAGUUUUGUAGCUUGUAUAAGAUAAUUAUGUUGCUGUGUCAGUAGGGGCUUUACUCUGAUUAAGGACGUCUGGAAAAAAACUAAGGUUGAUUUUAUUGACUGACAUGACAUUGUCAAUAUUGAUUUAAAUUAUUAAUAUGGUAGACCAUUGUAUGGCUGUUUUUCCUGUGAUUGAUAACAUAAGGGGUACAGGAAUUUUCAAAAUUGCAAUGGUUAGUCUUGGUCUUGACAGACCCAUUAAAGAUGACCAAUCCUACAAGUGGACAUUUUUCAUAAAUUUUCUGCCUCUGGACCGAAGCAUUUCAUUUUUGCUUCGAUCAAUUUUUCGCAAAUUUUUAGUGUAAUGGAAAGCACCUUAAAACUGCUAAAAAAUACCUUAUGUGUGGCCAUAGGUGUUUGAAACUUACAAUAUGGCCAAACUGUGGGAUCUGCCCUGCAUCUUUGUCUGUGAAAACAAUGGAUAUGGAAUGGGUACAUCUGUUGAGCGAGCUGCUGCCACCACUGAAUAUCAUACAAGAGGAGAUUACAUCCCUGGAAUUAAAGUUAGUAAACAAAUUUGACCACUUCUUUCCUUUUCGUCCUUACCUUUAAACAAGCUUCAUACAGAGUGUUGCAGAAUUCUUGAAAAGGUCAUAAAAUUUGCAAAGCACCUUUUCCAGUCUGGAAAAUGCUAAAAAGCCAAAUAAAAGGUACAACAAGUGUUCAGUGUUAGAGUAAAAAAUUUCUCCCGUGGUCAAAUCGUAUACAAUCACUGAAUGAGACAUUUCUCAAGUCUCUUAUUUCCGCAUUUGACAGUGCAUCACAAGAAAAUCCUGGGGUCAAUUUAAUAAAACUUAUACACGUGUAAUUCACAAGAGUGGCUAUUGUUCUCAGACUCUAAAACAAUGGCUGCACUUGUAAAUUACACGUGUAAAAGGUUUAUUUAAUUGACCCCUGGUUUCAGCGUUUCAAGGCCCGUUUUGAUCACCUAUUUGAUAGCCUUGAGUCUGGAAAAAGAAAUUGUCGUUUUCUUUUGGAAGAAAGGUGUGGAAAAAGUCUUAAUAUGUUGGUUCCAAACAUUUGUACGAACCCUGUUUAAGGUGACUCGACCCAGUUUUUUUGGGGGGGUACCAUCCUACUUUGAAGCUCUCUGGUAUCCCCACCUUUACUUUUAUCGUAAGUCUAACACAUAGAAUGGAUAACAUAUAGAUUAAUCUACAAUAUAACUUAAAAUUUUUGGCGAUCGGAGUAAAUGUCACGUGGUUAUAAUGCCACGCCCCUUUGAGGUCUGAGUCGAAAAUCUGCUGUUGCCGGCAUUUUUUUGUGAAAAUCUCUCGGCUACACAUAGUACGCAUUAGUGCCUUGCGCUGAACAGAGUUUCACCAAAAUCGCAAAGACCCAAUUCGAGAAAUUCAGCGGUUUCCAAAUUUAGGUCAUAAUUUAUGCGAAAAUGAUAAGCAAACUUUACACAAUUAUAUCUAAUAGUCUAUGAGACCGAUCACUUUAUUUUGGGGAUCGUUAUAACAGAUGGGUCCUUGCAAGUCAGCAAAAAGCUUUAGGUCCUUCUAAAUGCGCGCGAUUUCGAGCAAAGCAAACAUAUAGAAAUUAUAGUUUUUGCUAUUUAUUGACGUUUGUCAGCGUUGAAGAGUCCUUCUCACGAAAAAAGCAUUUUCUUAAAAAAUCGUAGUUUUUUUUCCUUCAAAUUUUUUCAGGGCCACAAUUGAUUAACUAACUACCCGGACUGUGAAUUUCAUGGUCAUUGAAAAACUGUGACAUUAUCUUCUAUAAGCCCAAACUUGAGUAAACAUUGAAGAUUUUUAGCGUUUUGGCUGAGUUUGUGCUUUGGGAGUUGUCUAUUGUUUCUAGUCUGUCAUUAUACAGCAUUCUUGUUCAGCACGCGUGCAAUGACCACGCUUGGCUGACUUGCGAAUGCUCACCGAGAUAUGAUAAUUUAGUAUGAGAAAAUAGAAGGGAUUCCCGUCACGAGUUAUUUUAAUUAUUGGCUUGCAUUAAACCUAUGAAAAAAUGAUAUUUUUUUAAUAGUAAGUAGAUUUAGUGUGUAGCACUUCUUGAUUUUUUUUGCAAAGGCACAAGAAGCACGAGAAUUGAUUGAGAAUUGUGAGUUAAACCUCUAUGUAUCACACGAUGGCCUGUCUCACUGUACCAAAAUUAUCAUAUCUCGGUGAGCAUUUGCAAGUCAGCCAAGCGUGGUCAUUGCACGCGUGCUGAACAAGAAUGCUGUAUAAUGACAGACUAGAAACAAUAGACAAUUCCCAAAGCACAAACUCAGCCAAAACGCUAAAAAAAAGUUUGCUUAUCAUUUUCGCAUAAAUUAUGACCUAAAUUUGGAAACCGCUGAAUUUCUCGAAUUGGGUCUUUGCGAUUCUGGUGAAACUCUGUUCAGCGCAAGGCACUAAUGCGCACUAUGUGUAGCCGAGAGAUUUUCACAAAAAAAUGUCGGCAACAGCAGAUUUUCGACUCAGACCUCAAAGGUGCGUGGCAUUAUAACCACGUGACAUUUACUCCGAUCGCCAAAAAUUUUAUGUUAUAUUGUAGAUUGAUCUAUAUGUUAUCCAUUCUAUGUGUUAGACUUACGAUAAAAGUAAAGGUGGGAAUACCAGAGAGCUUCAAAGUAGGAUGGUACCCCCCCAAAAAAAACUGGGUCGAGUCACCUUAAAGAUCAGAGAAAACUACUCGCCCGCGACUUGUAUUUAAAGAGUUUUGAACAUUUUGACGUUAUUUCUUUGAUUUAUAAGAGGACGGUCAAUUGAAAGUUGUUGUCGGCUUGUUUGACAUUAUUUUUCUCACUGAUCUGAUUCUGGUCUACUCACCGAACAGGUCGAUGGUAUGGAUAUUUUAACAGUGAGGGAGGCAACUAAGUUUGCAGCAGAUUAUACAAGAUCAGGAAAGGUACAAAGACUGCUUCAAUCAUGUUCAAACUUUGUCAAAAAGAUAAAGACGAUAUAAUAAUAGGCCGGAAGAGGUAUAGAAAAUGGAUAUAAAAGGGUAAGGGUUUGGGCCUCGGUCCGGAGUUUCCUCGUAUAAAUCUUUGCUGACUAACCUUCCCCCCCCCCCCCCCCCCCCCUCGGAUUGCAAAGUUAGCAAGUGUGUCUUCACCAUCUAAUUUCACGUUUUAUAGAGAACGCAAGCAAAUUUUCUUUCUGAACUUGGAAAUGGUCCCUCGGAAUUCAACUUUAGGAGGUUCGCCUACAUUUGACAUAGUAAGUGGGUAGGAAUAAUUGAGAUCAAGACUGACAGAACGAAAAUUCACUUUUUAAGCGACUUUCUCGAUGUCAUCGCGUCAUUGGAUCUUAAAGUCCCUACUAUGUUGCCCAGUGCGUAUCGACAAGGAGUGAAAGAUUAAUUUUAUUAAUGUAAUUCUGUUUUUACAUGUAUUUAUUUAUUUAUUUAUUUACAUACCUUUUGGCAGGGCCCAAUCCUGAUGGAACUAGCGACUUACCGUUAUUACGGGCAUAGCAUGAGCGACCCCGGCACAAGGUAUUUUUAAGAGGCUAUUUCCACAAAAUUGUAUUGUGUUUACACAUACAGUACUCGAUAUGUAACCGUGUACAUUUUUGUUCGAUAUUUCACGCUGUCGAUUUUCACUUUGAAACAUGAGCGUAGCAGGGAGUUUUAGGUUUGCAGUGAAGUGGAUUGCCUGAAAACUUAACAGAAAACAUGCGCACACAGGGUGUCCAAUUUCGUGUCCGAGCGCCAGGUCUCGAACUUGUACUCGGACUCCGCACCGUACUCCAAUUGUGGCCAAAGUGUGAACAAACCCUCAGAGUUUCACGGUCCCUUGUCAAGGAAAAAAUUGUCAAGUUUUUGAAGUUGCUUGUGUAAUCGGCUAAACUUGAACACUUAGGUUUAGUUACUCAAUUUGAGUAACCACAAAUUAGCAUAACUGUCAUCCAUGGACAUGACCAUUAGAAUGAAGUCUUGUUGCAUCAUAAACAGAGCCACAACAAAAUAUUUCGCAGUACUUCUUAUUGGAAUGUUUUCCCCAGAGGAAAUUACUGGGGCCUGGAGUUAUUCACCAAAACUCUGCUGGUUGAAAAUGUCUACAGUUUCUAACGAAGUAUAUUUUGUAUUUGUUCUUUGUUACAGCUACCGGUCACGUGACGAGGUGCAGUCUGUGCGUAAGACACGUGACCCAAUCUCUGGAUUACGUGAAAAACUGCUGGAUUCAGGGCUCGCGGACGUUGAUGACAUAAAGGUAAAAAGAUUGUGUCAUCUAGUGUACAGCACACCGCUCUCUCUGACAAAGAGCAGUCCUUGAAACUUAGGGUUUUAAGACGGAAUCCAUCACGAAAUUGAGUAAUUUUAAUUUUCAGUGGACAAAAAACCUUGUACCAGAAUAAUUUAAACAACAUCACAUUCUUUUUUACAUUUUUCAAGGGCUAUAACAUGUAAUUAGUUAUCUGUUGUAACACCAAAGACUAUUUAUCAUGGGAACCCGAGAAAAUAAAUGUCAAAUCUUGGCCUUGAUUUCCUCGGUCCAUAUGGACAAAGUACUUGUAUGGCCACGUUUUAGAAAGGUCUACGUCCUCAAGGCGAGUUUCAGUAAAAACUUUCUGCAAAUUACUGGCAUAAAUUUCCUUUCAACUAUAAGCUAGCCAGUAUAAGCCAAGCCGAUUUUGAAACGCAAACUUCCCUUCGUUUAUUAGCCCCUCCAAAAAUAAGCCCCUCAAAAAGGGCCUUUGAAAAAUAUAAGCCCCGGGGCUUAUUUUCGGAAUUUUACGGUAUUUAUUUUGUGUGUUUGCAAAAGUUCAUAUAAGUUUCAUAUUAAACAGUCAACAAUCGCGUCAUUAAUAUUGUUAGACGUAAUUUCAAAGCGUACAUUUUUUAUGAAAUUAUGCACUGAUAUUAACAAAAGAAUGUGAAGCACUCAAAGUUUAACAUUUUAUUUUGCUUCAUUGAAAAUAUUAUUUUUACGUUUCUUUUUCAGAGCAUUGAGAACGAAGCUAAGCAAGAGGUAGAGGCAGCUGUGAAGGCUGCCCAAGGUGAUCCCGACCCGACCCUGGACGAUCUCUUCUUGGAUGUGUAUGCUGAUGAUAAUAUGGAUGGGCAUAAGAUACGGGGAUGUGAUAACUGGUCUAGAAAUGUUACCAAUUAAAUACGAGAUUUACUGCCUAUCAUAGGCAAGCUUGCGAGUUUUGAACGUUUGGUAGCUGAUUUAAACCUUGACUAAACUACAAGAGCAUUCAAGAGAGGACGGUUUUGAUUUUUUUUUUCUAUCAAAUUUAAUAGAAAUUUAAUUGGAAUUGAACUUCUGGGGAACCUGCGAGAGUUACUUAGAGUGAGUGAGACAGUUAGGCCAACCAACAGCGAGAUUUGUCUGAAGACGGGAAUUAGCUGGGAAGCUGCAAUCCAACAAUUCGUUGCUAUUUUAAGGCUGGUUGCCUUACGAUCAAUAUGAUACAUGUUUUAGCGUCGGAUCGUAGUGGCCGUCUCGCUCGUAUGUAAGUUAGGCUCUAUAAUUUUUGAGAUAAAUUUUGACUGUGUGGACAAAGAAAACAUCUGAGUAGCAAACAAGUUGCUUAGGGAGUAUCUAAGCAUAACAUUUUAUAAAAAUGUCUGACACUGUUAGUUGUUUACUUCUUAGUUAGUGCUUUCGCGUGCGUCUGUAAGCUUAAACACUGAUUUAUCAGGCGAAACGCUGUUUAAUUAUAGUGCCAUUUAGAUUUCCUCAAAUUUGAAACCGGAAAAAUAAAGUUCCCGCAAGGGCACACUAGGCUGCGAGCUGUUGUUUAAGUGAAGGUGAAAUGUGUUUGCAAAACAUAAAACACGUAUUGACGCAGAAAUUAUUUUUAUAACCGAUUUGAUUAUUGUUUGUAGUGAUUUUGUGACAAUCUCGGUGAUAAAUUAAAACGAAUAUUCAAGUGAAUUAUGAUCGCAGCCUGUGUUAAAUGCAGUUAUAAAACGUACCCUAAGCGGAGAGUCUGCUAUGCGACGGCAAUUUUUCUUUGAGUUGUAUGUAACUGUUUGCAGAUUCUUCGCUUUCCCUACCAAAUUUAGGUUAUUUUGUAAAUUUUGAGAACUGGCUUUUAUGUAGCAAUGUCUCUAUACAUAUUAUUUCUGGAAGUUCAGCAUAACACUCUUGUUGCUAGAACUAGUAACUUGCAACGGUUCCGGAACAAGACUCGCGCUGUGCUAUUUAUAGACACAUAUAUAUAUGGUUUGGUUAAGAUAUAGGGGACAUAUGAGAAUAAGAAUUUUAGAAGAUCUCGACUCAUUGCGUCGCCGCUGUAAACUGUUUAGUGUAAUUUAGGAAAUAAUGGAAAUAAAACAGACCAGUCUAUUUCACGUAAAAA